AUGGGUAACUCCUCGGCCUCUGCCCGCUUGGCCGCUGCCAAGCGUCACCUGAGCUCGUCGGCUCCCGUCAUGGCCGUCAACUCUGGCGGCGCCGACGUCGGCAUCAAGCUCAACGCGGACACGGACCACAUCCUGUACGAGAGCGCCGGUAGCACACGUAUCUACAAGCUCAACCGUCCCAAGGCGCUCAACUCGCUCGACUGGGACAUGAUUGCGUCGCUGGCCAAGCAGGGCGAGGUAUGGCGUCAGAGCGAGCUGUGCAAGCUGGUCAUCGGCCGUGGUGACGAGCGCGCCUUCUGCGCUGGUGGCGACGUUGUUGGCCUCGUCAAGCUCCGCCCCGACUACGGAGCCAAGUACCCCCUCGGCUUCUUCAAGGACGAGUACCAGGUCAACUGGGAGAUUGCGCGCCUCGGCAAGCCCUACGUCUGCAUCAUUGACGGCUUCACCAUGGGUGGUGGUGCUGGUAUCUCUCUUCCUGCCCAGAUCCGUGUCGCGACCAAGAAGACCGUCUUUGCCAUGCCCGAGACCAAGAUUGGUUUCGCCCCCGACGUCGGCGGCAACUACUACAUUGCUCAGCUUGACGGCGAGAUUGGCGCUUGGCUCGCCAUGACCGGCCAGGAGGUCUGGGGCCGGGCCGUCUACGAGCUCGGCCUGGCGACCCACUACGUCGAGCCUGACGCCAUUCCCUCGCUUGUUGAGGCGCUGUCCCAGCUCGAGAACCCCACCCUCGAGCAGCUGAACAACAUCGUCGCGUCGUACCACGUGCCUGCGCCCGAGGGCGCUGCCGUCUCCAGCAAGGGCAGCCGUGAGGGACCCUCGCCCAUCACGGGCGAGAUCCGCGCGUUCCUCGACAAGACGUUUGGCCUCGCUUCGAUCCAGGAGAUCUACGCCGCCCUCCAGGCCGCGCAGACUGACUCGGCCCUCAGCCAGGAGAUCAAGGACUGGGCCAAGGCCCAGAAGGACAUUAUGGACCUCCGCUCGCCUACCGGUAUGGCUGUUGCUCUCGAAAACUUCAAGGUCACGCGCAAGGCGCAGAACCUCAAGGUCGCCCUUGAGAACGACAUGCUCAUGAGCACGGGCUUCUGCGGCACUGACCGCCCGACUCCCGAGUUUGACACUGGAGUCUCGUACCUCCUCAUUGAGAAGGGCCGCGAGCGCGCCAACUGGCAGCCAAGCGAGAUCAACGACCCCCGCCUCACCCCCGCCGAGAUCACCAAGAACUACCUCGACCCCAACACUCCCCACCUUGCCGAGACGCCCAAGCUCGUCUUUGAGCCUGCCCCGACGUCCGAGGGUACCGACUCGACCUGGGGCAAGUUCCGCCAGUGGGGUCUUCCUGCUGAGAGCGAGAUCCGCGCUGUCGUCAAGGGCGAGAGCGCCGGCUCGGGCGCCUUCAAGCUCAAGCCCGCCGAGGUUGUCGAGCAGGUCCUCGCCGCCCGUGGCGAGCAGGGCGGCCCUCGCGAGAAGGAGAUUAUCGCGCACACCAACGCCAUCAUUGCGGCUCGCACCAAGGCCGACGGCUCGGGCUACCUCGACUGGGCCGGCAAGUAA